AUGCUGCUUGCGGCUUGCCGUAGUUCGGGUCCGUCACUGGCUUUCCGGGCAAUUGAGAAUAUUUCUGCUGUCCAGGCUGCCAUUCUCAUAGGCGACACCUCAGGGAACGUUCAGGACCUGUUGCUGCUGGAUGUGGCACCUCUGUCCCUGGGUAUCAAGACAGCCGGAGGAGUCAUGACAUCGCUGAUUAAGCGCAACACCACCAUCCCCACCAAACAAACCCAGACUUUCACCACCUAUGCUGACCACCAGCCUGGGGUCCUUAUCCAAGUCUAUGAAGGGGAAAGAGCCAUGACCAAGGACAACAACCUGCUGGGCAAGUUCGAGCUGUCAGGCAUCACACCUGCACCAAGAGGGGUUCCUCAGAUCGAGGUCACUUUUGUUAUUGAUGCCAACGGCAUUUUGAAUGUGUCUGCGGUGGACAAAAGCACAGGCAAAGCGAACAAGAUCACCAUCACCAAUGACAAGGGCCGGCUCAGAAAAGAAGAGAUUGAGAGAAUGGUGCAGGACGCGAACAAGUACAAAGCUGAGGAUGACAUUCAGGGGGAGAGGAUAACUGCCAAGAACUCCCUUGAGUCCUUUGCCUUCAACAUGAAGAGCAGUGUGCAGGAUGAUAACAUGACGAGCAAAAUUAGUGAGGAAGACAAGAAGAAGGUGGUUGAGACGUAUGAUCAGGCUAUAUCCUGGCUGGAGAACAACCAGUUGGCUGAAAAAGAGGAAUACCAACACCAGCUUAAGGAGCUGGAGAAAGUGUGUAACCCCAUCAUCACCAAGUUGUAUCAGGGAGGAAGACCAACAGGCAGCUGUAGAGAUGAAGCAUGUGCCAGCUCCCAGGGCCCAACUAUUGAGGAAGUUGACUAA